UCUCUGGUGUUUUCCCUGAUCGUUUCUUCCAUCUUUUUAGGGUUUAUUUUUUGGUUAAUUUUGUGGACUUGUUUUUGUUAUUUCAUUUCAAUAAAUGUAUCGAUUGGCUUUUUAAAGGAAAAAGUUUGAUAAAUAAUUGGAUCGAAAAAGAAGAAGCUGCUUUAUUUUCUCGGGAAAAUGGAGUCAAAUUCAUGGAGUUUUCGUUUCUCCAAUUCUUCUUCUUCUUCGUCUUCAUCCGCGUCAAGGCGUCGCCAAUCACGAUCCGAUCUGUUUCUGGGAGGAGGCUAUGAAGAAAUUGACGGAGAUGAGGAUUUCAAGGCGCAGUUUUUAUGUCCGUUUUGCGCUGAGGAUUUCGACAUUGUUGGCCUUUGUUGCCACAUCGAUGAAGAACAUCCUGUGGAAACCAAAAACGGGGUUUGCCCAGUGUGUGCGAAGAGGGUCGGAACUGAUAUUGUCAGCCAUAUUACUAUGCAACAUGGGAAUUUUCUUAAGGUGCAGCGCAGGCGGAGAUUACGCAAGGGUGGAACCAAUUUGACAUUUUCUAUGUUGAGAAAAGAACUGCGAGAAGGAAAUUUGCAGGCCCUUCUUGGGGGAUCUUCAUUUGUUUCUUCCUCCAAUAUUGAAGCCGAUCCUUUAUUGUCAUCAUUUAUGUUUAGUCCUCCAGGUGAUGACCCUUUAAGCUUGCAACCUCUUCCUAUUGCUGAAGCAAGUGCGGUAAAGGAAAGCGUAAAUAAAGAAUCUUCGGAAAGAAAGCCUCAACAGCCCCAAAUUUCGGAUAAGGAUCACGAGGAAAAGGCUAGGAGACGCGACUUCAUCCAAGGGCUGUUGAUGUCCACUAUACUUGAUGAUAACUUAUAAGCUAAUGGGGGUGCAUGGGUAGUGGUUAUGCCAAUAUAAUGUUAGGUCCGAGAGAGUAAAGCAUAAAGAAGACCUUCUACCCUACCUCCAAAACGGUAACGGGUUAGAUCCGUGGGCAUUCUUAUUGUAUUUAGAGCUUUUGUGCAUAAUGAAAAGAUGGAAGAACUUCAUCCU